AUGGAUGUAUGCGAUGUUCAGCGGUUAUGUCUCGAAAAAAAAGAAGAUUGCGAAGAAGAUUUAUGUGGAAUUCUGAAAUCAUUGAAGAUACAUACACCGCAAUGGCCCGAAGAUGUUGCAUGCCUAAUACGAGGUACUCAGAAACUUCAAAAUGAUUCGCAGUUGCGAGUUCCGGUUGCAAGAGAUUCAUAUUUGAAUUGCGAAAUUACUUCCGAGGAAUUUAAUACUGAUGAUUUGCCUUGGCAAAAUGGAUGUGGUGUAACAGGCGUCCUUAAUCAAAGUUAUCGAGGUCGUGUGGUCAACGUUUCUAAUCUUACAAGUUUAACAAUCCAAAAACCAAAACAAGAAAUAGUGGUGGAUUUGGAACAUAAUGCCGAAAUAUCUUACGAACCAGGCGAUGCCUUCUACUUCACUGUACCGAAUGCUCAGGAAGAAGUGGAUUUUAUUUUAGAAAGGAUGGGACUUCUGGAAGCAGCAAAUCGAAAAUUAGUUGUAUCUGUGAAAUCUCAAACUACAGCAAAAAAUGUAGCUCUACCACCAUAUAUACCAGAAAUUUCUACACUACGAUAUAUAUUCACGUGGUGUCUUGAUAUCAGACGAUCUCCAGGCCGACCUCUUCUUCGUGUACUUGCGGAAUGCACGGAAAGUGAGUGUCAAAAAAGGCGCAUUCUAGAAUUGUGUAGUGCUCAAGGAGUUGAAGAAUUCACAAAGUUUGUUCGUCAGGCUGGUCUCUCGAUGGUUGAUUUUCUGCUUAACUUUCCUUCAUGUCGACCUACAGCUGAACGUUUGAUUGAAUUGCUUCCACGUUUGCUCCCGCGACCAUAUAGUGUCAGCUGUAUUAGAGAGCUUUGGGGGAAACGCCUACGUUUCAUUUUUUCGCUAUUACGCUUUAGUGCUACCGAUGGCCGACGUUUCAAUCGUUUUGGUUUAUCAUCGGGAUGGCUUGCAAUGCUGAAAGAAGGAGAAAAAGUUCUGAUGUUCCUGAAAGAAUCAUCUCGUUUUCGUUUACCGCCACCGGUGCAUUCUUCUUUUGACAUUACACGUACGCCCCUUGUCAUGGUUUGCACAGGAACUGCAUUAGCACCGUUUCUGUCUUUCCUGCAGAAGUUAGAUUUUUUGGGAGCCGAGGAAUAUAAAGUACGACGAGAACUGUAUUUUGGAAUUCGAAAUAUUAAAGACGAUUGCAUUCAUUAUGAGGAUAUCGUGCGAUAUGUAGACAAGAAUGUUCUUUCACACUUAUCUCUGUGUGAGUCGCAGCCGUAUAGUGGCAUUGCUGGUAAAAAAUACGUGCAAGAUGCUUUGCAGGAACGCGGUCGGGAGAUUUCGGAUAUAUUGUUGCGAAAGAAUGGAGAUGAAAGUCAUCCUGCAAUCAUUUUUGUGUGUGGCUCUUCGAAGCAGAUGUUAAAAGAUGUGGCCGAUGUAUUUUUACAUAUUUUCAGCGAAUUUCUAAGCAAAAGUAAAGAGGGCGCACAAUCAUUCCUCAGUGAGUUGCGGAAAAAUGAUCAGUAUGUCGAGGAUGUCUGGUAA